AUGAAAAUCCUCAUUCUUUCAGCUUUUCUUGUUAUUUUUUAUCUCAAUUUGAUUUCGACUGCACCGGAUCACAACAUCAAGAAACGUUACAUUUUCUUUCCAACAGCGACUUCCAACUUAACCGGAUGGACCCAGACGGUGGUUACGCUGGCACAGUUUCUAUUUGGACCUAAUCCUUAUAUUUUGGGAUGA